CUGCGCACGCGCAGAGCGAGCUGGGAGGAAGGUGAAGAUGGCGGGAGCCUGGGCCCUGGCUCGGGGUUUCCGGUGGCUGCAAAGCACAGCUCGGCAGGCGGUGCCGCUGGGGGCACGGACAGCCUCCCACAUUACCAAGGACAUGCUACCGGGCGCCUACCCCAGGACCCCAGAGGAACGGGCAGCCGCCGCCAAGAAGUAUAAUAUGCGUGUGGAAGACUACGAGCCUUACCCGGAUGAGGGCAUGGGGUAUGGAGACUACCCAAAGCUGCCUGACCGUUCACAGCAUGAGAGGGAUCCAUGGUAUGAAUGGGACCACCCAGACCUGAGGUUGAACUGGGGUGAACCGAUUCACUGGCAUCUAGACAUGUAUAUCCGGAACCGUGUAGACACAUCUCCCACACCUGUUUCUUGGCAUAUCAUGCGUAACCAUCUCUUCAGCUUCGUGGCAUUCAUGCUUUUUAUGUUCUGGGUAGGGGAGAUGUACCCCAGCUACCAGCCUGUGGGGCCAAAGCAGUAUCCUUAUAAUAAUCUGUACCUGGAACGAGGUGGUGAUCCCAGCAAAGAACCUCAGCCAGUGGUUCACUAUGAGAUCUGAGGUUUUUUGGACCGUUGUGCCCUUGAACAAAGGCUCCUCAUUCCUAGAAAUUUAACCUUAAUGAAAUGCUGAAUAAAACUUAGUGAUCUGGUGUCUGUGCUUCA